AUGGCAUUUUCGCGCUUCUCUGUUAUGCAUCGACCUCUCUCCAUGGCGAACUUCCAUAGCUCUGAGAACUCACAUUCGAAACUCAUGAUUGUUCUGGCUUCAAUAACGGUCAUGGCCAGUCUGUUCAUCCCGCUUGUCACAUCGACAGAGUCUUUAAGCAUCACCGCCUUCGAUUUCCCAAGUUUCAAUCCGAACGACCACAGCAUAUCAUAUGAAGGUGAUGCAUAUGCUUCUGAUACUAGCGUCCAGCUCACUGUCAACCAGCGAGACAAGGCCCUUAAUGGAAGCGCGGGGCGAGCAACCUACGAGAAGCCAAUGCAUCUCUGGGACAAAUCCACUGGGAAUGUAGCAGAUUUCACUACUCAGUUCUCGUUUGCAAUUAGCUCACUGGGCGGUAACGUUCAUGCCGAUGGAAUAUCUUUCUUUCUGGCUCCCAAUGGAUCCCAAAUCCCACCCCUUUCGUCUGGUGGCUACUUGGCUCUGGUAAGUUCACAAAGUAACGAUUCAGACUCCAGCUAUGAUUCUUUUGUUGCUGUGGAAUUUGAUACUUAUGUUAAUCCGUGGGAUCCGCCGUAUGAGCAUAUUGGUAUUGAUAUCAAUUCUGUGAAUUCUGUCACAACUGAUCCCUGGAAUUGGAAUAGAAUUGGAAGCGGAGGACGAGUUCAUGCUACCAUUGCUUAUGACUCUAGCGUGCAGAAUUUGAGUGUUCUGUUGAUUGAUGAUGAAAGUGAUGGGAGUUUGAGCAUAAACCAGUCUAGCGUUUCUUGGAUCAUUAACUUCACCGAGCAUUUGCCGGAAUGGGUGACUAUUGGCUUCACUGCUACAACAGGGUCUGCUUUCGAGUUACAUACUCUUUACUCAUGGAACUUUAGUUCUAGUUUACAAAUCGAAUCGAUUGAAACGUUCAAUCAGUCUAUCGUGCCGACAGUCAAUUCAUCUUCUGUAAAAAGGAGCAAAUCAUGGAUGUGGGGGGCUGUCGGUGGAUCAUUAAGUGUCUCUGUGGCGAUUACUCUCACUAUCGGCAUUACCUGCUUUAGACGUCGGUCGAAGAAAGCUACAAAUCACACGAGGAAAACAAAAGACACCCGCGAUGACAAUGAUGACACGCCAAUGGAAGAACCUGAAGAGACUGCCUGUUCUCCCAGUGAAGGCGACCGUGCUGACACAUCUCGGACCUCCCUCGGACAAGUCGAAUCACUUACGUUGCGUGACAACUAG